CUUACUAUUAUUCUUCUUGAGUUUCAUGCUCCCUGGGCCUGGGCCUCAGCCUGCUCAGGCUGGCCAGCCUUUGCCCCGUUCUGGCUCGUUGCCUGUGGCCAAUUGCAAACAUCGGAUGCCUCAGGCUUUAGUGGAAGGGGCAUAGAUCAUUAGAUAAAGUAAUCCAGUUUCAGCAUUGAGGAGGCUUCUGUCAGUAAAAAUGCCGGGCAGCAUUCAUCUGGCAGUCCUGGACGCUUCUGACAUAUCGCAAGUUGCUGGAGAUGGUGUCUCCAUCAAAGCAACGCUGGGCAAGAAGCAGUUUGUGACAGAAGUGGCACGCAUCACAGCGGGCAAGGCUGGACCCUGGGACGAUGAGGAGCAUGCAUUCUCGGUGAUGUCACUCACUGACCCCCUUGUCCUUUCACUUCUGGACGCCAAUGGCGAGCCUCUAGGCAGUACCCAGGUUACGACUCCAUCCAUUGUGGAAAAAGGUUUCCGGGACGAGACUCUUGCGCUGAAAGAUGGCAAGGGCCAGAUCCAGGGCCGCGUGCAUGUGAAGCUCUCGUUUGUCCUGAGCGACGAGGAGCGCAAGAAGAUUGAGGCCAUGCGCUCCAAGUCGCUUGCAAGGAAAGGGGGGGCAGCAGAAAAGUCCCCCACUGCUGAUGCGGAGGUUGUUGCCAGCCCGGGCCUGAACGGUCGGCGGGCAAGUGCGUCACGCUUCUCCUUUGAGAAGGCGAUUGGCAAUGGCGAGAGCACGGGGCCGGCGGAGACAGCGGCGGUGGUGGCGGCGGUGGGCGCAGAGGUGGACGCCCAGGUGGCGCGCGCCAGCACGGCCGCGCUACAAGCCACUGCCGACGUGGCGAAGCAGGCCAAGGAGGUGGCGGCCACCAGCGAGGGGGCCACCGCAAGCAGUGCAGACAAGCUGGCCCACAAGGCGGCUGAGGUUUCAGAGAAGGCAGCAGGGGUGGCAGCCACUGCAGCGGAAGGGGCGGCAGGCAAGGGAAGCGCAGGCAACGGGGUGGCAAAAACGAAGGCGGGAGAGGCGGAUAUGCUGCUGCGGCGGCCUAGCGUGAAGGAGCGCGUGGCAGCGCUGGAGAGCCCGGAGGCGCGGCAGCGGGAGGCGGACGCACACAGGGUGGGCAAGGAGGCGGAGGAGGCGCGGCGGUACGAGGCGGAGUACCGGGAGCAGCGGCAGCGGGUGGAGGAGUACAAGCGCAAGGAGGAGGAGAAGAAGAAGGAACAGGAGCGCCAGCGGGCGGCCAAAGCCGCGGCGGCCACGCGCAAGGCGGAGGAGGCGCGGCAGGAGGAGCAGCGACGCGCUGAAGCGGCAGAGCACGGGGACGACGACUCCGACGAGGGCGCCCCCAGGAAUAUGUGGCACCAGGUUGCCGGCACUGUGGCGUUUGCGGUCGCCCUCUUCUUCCUGUGGCCAAAAGACUCGCGAAAACGGGUCGCCUCCCGCAGGCGCGUCAAGGUCAGCGGCGGCCGGUACAUCGUCCAGAAGGGCGACUCGCUGGAGACCAUAGUCGGCCGCAUGUGCUACAACCCAGAAUCCGACUUUUACAAGAUGAACCCAGGGGUCUGUGAUCGAAACACAAUCUACCCAGGCCAAGUGCUUCGAGUACCAGAGUAUCAGUAGGGUGGUGCGGAACCGUCGGUUUGCGUGCUUCUGUAAGGCUUGGCGUCGUUGUGUGUGCCUUGGUAGGCGGCUCUUGUGCGUCACGUGAUGCAGGCGCCCCUACCAUCGGUAAGUGACCCGGACAAGCGAGGCGAUGAAGGCUCCAGGAGAUGUCAUGUGAUUGCAGGCAGUGUGUACGAAGAGUUGCAGUCAUCCGGAGCCUGGAUUCUAUUCCGUCUUCGCUCUUUAUCACAGAUAUUGAAUCUUGGGGACUGCUGUUCCAUGUAAGUUGACAGUUUACAAUUUGCUAGAAAAGGUGACCAUGCGGAGUUGCCCCCCUUCGGAGCUCUAGACGAUUCUCUCCCUAUGUUUCCUUGGGGACUCAACUGGCCAUCUGAAUGUUGCGAUCUGCAUGGAAGACCAUGCAUGAUCUGUUUCAUGCACGAAGGACCUACUAACUUAACAAAUACGCA